CCACUUUCUUUUCCAUUCUCUCUAUCCCUCCAACCUUCUUUUCCUUCCACCUCUAUUUGCCACACUACUCCCUCGUUUCCUUCAAUCUUACACUUUUUACAUGGACUUAUUACCAGACGAACUAAUACUACGCAUAUUCUCCUUGUUGACAAAAGAUGCAGAGCAGCUUUUACGAUUAGAGCUCGUUUGUAAAAGAUUCUACAGAAUUACUCAAGAAACCCAAUUAUGGUUUCAAGUGUUUCGAAGCAAUUAUCCCACAUGGAGUUCACAAGUGCAAUGCAAUUCUCGUGCGCAACCCUUGAUCGACUGGAAAGACUUUAUGGUGCAUAUUGCCAAGCAGAAACGUCGAGCACAGUCGUUUUCAUUAGAGUUUGUACCCGACGAAACCAGUAUCGAGGCAAAAAAUAAAGCAGCUGCUUUACGACAGAGCAAAGUACCACAGAAACGUAAAUUGGCUGAACAACAGCAAGAUGACGGCGGAAGCCGAUUACGACCUUCAACAUCCUCACCCCAUUACAAGACUGCAUGUUGCAAUAAUAACAGUAACAGCAGCAGUAUUAACAAACGAUCGCCGUCCCCACACUCAUCCUCGUCUAUGCCAAUCAUUCACCGAUCUUCGAAUACUACUAUUACCUCACCCUCAACGUCAUCGCCAUCACCCACGAAUAUCCAGGACUUGCCUUGGCCAUCCUCUUCGUUACCACCCCUGCCAACUUUACCAUCCUCACCGCAGCACAAUACCACGCCAGUCAACACAACGGCGUCAACACCGAUUCCCAGUCGAGGUGACAGCAGUACCAAUAAUAAUAACGACAAUAACAGCACCAACAACAACUAUGAUUACAACCGCACCCUUUUGGAUCAACUCCAUCGUCAAGUGCAGAACCAAGCAUCAUUAAACACUUUCGAACCCCAGCCAGCACUUUCCCAACUCGCCAAUAUUCGUGAAGAACCCGUCUUUGAACGGCCGAUGCAACAACAACAGCAACAGUUCUACUACCCACCGCCAUUCCGGAUACAGGACCCUUUGGUGGUAGAUAUCGACCGUGUGACAAAAACAGGCGUGGUAGCCACGGGUAAACAUCGCAAAGAACCGCCACAAAAUGGACUCCAUCAUCAUCCGCAACGCUCCGAACACAAGAUUCUGUUUUGGGAGUAUCCGUCUUGGCGACUGAUCCGCGAGUUCGACUUGAGCUUUGCGCCUGCAGACACAUCCUGUCAGAUCACGGGGAUCCAAAGCAUCCGCAUGUUUUCUCCCAACAACAACAACAACCAGGAAGAUGGAAGUGGUAAAGAGACGCACAAGAUUCGAUUGUUCUCACUGGCUAUCGGACAGCCGUUGAUUGUCAACAACCACCAGGAUGAUUUCGAAGGCGAGGACCGAGUCGAUUUAUGGCAAACUGUGCUUAUAUUUCGACUGUUUGAUUGUGGUGCAACGCAAUGCGUGGCACAUUUGAAUAUGGAUGGUCAGCUGUUGGGGCGGGAUGUGUUUUUCUUCUCCGAAGCAUCUUGGUGUCGAUCGAACGAUGGCAACGACGACGGCGAUCACGGACGCAAAAAAGAAGAACAAGAAGAACAAGAAAGUGUUCGAGAAUGGAUGCAAAUUGUCGCGCCAGAAUAUGCCAACUUUGACAUUCAUUACACUGCCUUUAUGUUGGCGAUUGGGCCCGAUUUUCCACAUGUGUCUGGGUGUGGCCGUCUUGUGCGGUUCGAUAUUCGUGGGGAUUGUAGUAUCCUCGAUCCAUCCACAGAGCCCGUUGUUUGGGACUCUAGCAUUCGACGAUUUAUGCCUUUGUUUCCUAUUACGACUGCGGCAACAGUGGCAGGCAACAACGGUGGUGGUGGCAGUAGUAGUAGUAGUAAUGGUGACAUGCGAUUUAAUCGCAGAUUACGGCUUUUGCGAGGCACAAUGGGCGUCAGGCCACGUUCCUAUGGUCCCCCUGCGGCGGUGAUUGCUAGGAUACCGAUGGGCCGAAAAAUCAGUUGCAUGAUCCAUUUUCGACAUCCGCCGCAGCUCAACCAUCUGAUAUGCACAGGCAGUUAUGUCACCGAUGAACUCACUGUUUAUGACUGGCGCUUUGGUUUAAAAGUUGGCGUGUUACCUUGGAAGACCCGAGAUGAACGCAUGCAGCAGCAGCAGCAGCAACAACAACAACAACAACAACAACAACAACUGCAACGGCAGGAAGAGCAACAGCAACAGCAACAGCAACAGCAGCAGCAUGUCGUUGUGACUCCUCAACAGCAUGAUGAAAAUGUAGCGCCACCACCCCCGGCUAAUCAUCUAACAUUUGACUUGGAGCGGUUCAUGUUGGGUCGGGAUGAUAAUAUGGAUUUCCAGCUCGACGACGAUGAAGACAAUGACGGCGAUGAUCGAUCAGUCGUACAGCCUUGGGGAUUAGAAGCUACAAUGGUAUUACCGCCAUACUGGGGCGAUGAACAUAAACCAUGCACAAAAGAAGACUUUGCUCGACGCGGGUUCAGAUUAAUAGCAGUGGGUGACAAUCGUAACGAUCGGUUAGAGAUCAAAGUAUGGGAUAUUUCGUACCUUUUGCGGGUGGACUGGAACCCACUGUCAGGCGAUAACAAUGCAACUGUACAAGGCGAGCAAAGUGAAGAAGGAGUUGAGCAGGAUCACUCGCAACAAUUUUUCUGGUGGAAACGAGGCACACCAAAACUCAAGCAAUUAGCACGACGGAUGUUGAACGAACAAGGAGACUUGUCAUCCUUUAUGAUGGAUGCUAUUGCUGGGUUAGCAACAACAACAACAACAACAACACGAUCAUCAUCAUCAACAGAGGUUGAUUUACCCUAUUCCCCACCCAAAGACACACAGCCAAUGAUUUUGGUACAUCGAUUCGAAUGCAACGGCGAACAAGAUGGCGAUGAGACAGCUAUGCCAGUCAAGUAUACUGCAUACAAUGUUUUACGGACAUCCUUAUUCUUGCUUACGGAGGAAGGGCGGAUCACAGUCAUGGAUAUCGAGACGGGCAAAAUGAUUGGUACGGUGGAUAACGUAGCGGCAGUGCCAGACAUAAUUGGACCGCAGCGGCAGGUGCGAGGAAUCGAUGUCAAUGUAGUAGGAGGCAACGAAAUCGUUGUAACGAGCCGUCAAGGAUUAUUAAGAGGUGCCAUGGUGAACCGUCAAUGA